AUGCCGAAAAGCUUAAGCGAUGACCUGGAAGAAGGUGAAAUAUUUGACAGUGAGGAAACUGUUAUUAACCAAUCUAAUGUUAAUGAAUAUUCUAACAAUGGAAGUAAUGAACGAACAAAUUUGACGGAAAAGAAAUGCUUCCAAUCCUUAAACUAUGGCCAUAAUGGAUCAUUUCAUUCAAACAACAAUUUGAAAAUUCCUGAUCAGUCAGCUAUAUGUGCUGAAUCAAAUGAAGAUAAUUUGGAAGCAUGUAAUGAUGAGAAAGAAGAAAAUAUGUUGGAAGAUAUUCAUGAUUAUGAAUUAAAUGAUGAGGAAUGUUUUCUGGAUCACUGGAUGAUAGACGAGGAUGAAUUGGAAGAUGAAUUGAAUGUUGCUAAUUUUCAAGACGAAUUAGUGGAGUAUCAUUCCAAUUCUGACGACGACUUGGACGAUGAUGAUGACAAGGACAGUAGUGAUUUUUCCGGCAAAAUUGUUUGUAGUGAAAGAAUUACAGCAGCAAACAAAUUUCACACGAAGAUGAAGGCAUUGGCUAUGGAUAUGGAAAGUAGAACAAACAAAAUUGCAAUAGGAGAUGAAAAAGAAAUGCGGACAAAUUUAGCAAAAGAGAUGCCAGUUGACGACAGCUGGAUUUUCCAUUCAUUAGAUGAAACGCCAAGGAUAGUUAUGCAGGGUAAUGAGCCAAUGGAUUCAUACAUGCUAUCAGAAUCAGAGGGGAAUUUAAAAGAGCAACUAGCAGAAAUGGAUCUUUCCAAAUUCGAAGUUAUGAUUGAUGUAACCGUAUCUGGAUAUCUAAAUUGUGAUGACAGUAAAACAAUGGAUGUUGCAAGGAAUAAAAAGCAAAUGUUGCAUGAAGAAUCAAAUAGCCAUACAAAACAAAUUGUUGAAUUAGAGAGAAAAUUUUCUGAGGAGAAAGAACAUUAUGUGCGCAAUAUGUAUUCUCUACUAACAACAGCGCGUACACAAAUUGCAGCUCUCAAAAAGGAAAAUGACAAGCUUAAAAUGAAAUUACAAGCAAAUUGCACAAUGAAUUGUCCUAAAUGUAAGCAUCAGAUAUGCUUAAGAAAUAAUUUAUUGAAACCAAAAUAUAUCAAAGUAUUGAAAGGACGUUGCGCAAUCGAAAUGUUGUUUGAUAAUUUGGCAAAAAUGGAGGAAUGGCUUGCAGCGAAUUAUCUAGAUAUUAAUUCAGAUGGAUUACCAGUAGUAUUGGAAUUACCACAGAAAUCGACACUUACUUCUACAAACAGCCUUCUUGCUCUAGAAACAGGCAGAAUUCAUGAUAUUCAUCGAAAUACGAGUAAAGUCAUGCCGACCUCAUCAAGUCUUCCUCAGAAACCAGAGAGUAUAUUUCCAGUGAAAAGAGGACAGAAUAUUCAAACAGUUAGAGCUGCUAGCAAUUUCAGUAAACAUUCUACGAAGCAAUAUGAGAAGUUAAAUCAUGUAUUGCAAGGUGAAAAGGGACAAGAGAGGACCAGUUCUAGCAUUGCAUACGAUUUUUAUGGUAAACGAAAAAAGCGAUCACAUGAAAAAAAACGAUCAGGACCGAAUAAAUGCGAAGAACAACAGCUUCAUCAUAUCCUGUCAACGUAUACAUCACCAGAUGGAUCACUUGACCGUGAUCAACGACGAUAUUUUAGCUCUCCUAAGCCAUAUAAUUCUCAUGUAUCACAUCUGAAUACAAAAUUAAACGCUGAAAAAAACAUGACAUCUAUGUCAAAUCGCCAAAUGGCAGACCAGAAAGGUCAGCGUACAACAAUAAAUAAUCUUGGGAAUCGAUUCGAAUACCGAAGUCCUUCUGAAGAGUAUCGUAGGGAAUCAGUCAAGUCAUCGGCAUAUUAUAGACGAGCCGACGAAGGUUCUUAUCGAGAAUAUUGGAAUCAUUCACCGAGACCGAGCCGAAUAAGAAGCGUUGAACGAAAACUGUAA